AUGCACCCCCGUACCGCGGAAUCACUCCGCCUCCCACUUAUUGAUCUCCCUACGCCCCGUACCGUUACUAUGCUCGAUGGGUCGAGCCCCCAGGCAGGCAAAAUCUGGAAAAAGGCAAUCCUGACCUUCUCCUUUGAUGGCAAGAAAAUGACAGAGACCUUCCUUAUUUGCAACACAGGAUCUCACGCCGCCAUCCUAGGAUUGAAAUGGCUAGACGCACAUAACCCAGAAAUUGAUUGGAACGCACAAACCCUCUCCUUUCCCCAUGCACCGCCAGAACACGUGGCCAUUGCCGAAGAGGAAGAAGCAGACAAAAACCCUCUUGAAGGAGUACCCCCCGAGUACCACCAGUACGCUAAGGUAUUUGGGGAAGAAGAAUUCAACAAGCUUCCUCCCCACCGACAUUAUGAUAUAGGAAUUGAGCUCACGGAAGAAGGCCCCCUCAACUCACCACUCUACAGUAUGACUGAUGCCGAGUCCGCUACACUCAAGGACUGGCUCAGGGACGAGUUGAAGGCAGGGAAAAUCCGUCCUAGCAAAUCUUCCAUCAGCUCACCUGUAAUGUUCGUGCCCAAAAAGGAUGGGUCCCGCCGCUUGGUUGUUGACUACCGCCGCCUGAACAAUCGGACAAAGAAAAACGUUUAUCCAUUACCCCGUCCAGAUGACCUUAUGGCCCAGCUCCGUGGCGCUAAGGUCUUUACCAAACUAGACCUAAGAUGGGGGUACAACAAUGUCCGAGUAAAGGAAGGCGAUGAAUGGAAAACUGCGUUCCGCACCAAGUACGGCUUAUACGAGUCCCUAGUUAUGACAUUCGGUCUUACCAACGCCCCCGCCGCUUUCCAACACUUCAUGAAUGAAUUGUUCAAGGAUCUGUUAGAUGUAUGCGUCAUCAUAUACCUUGAUGACAUCCUGAUCUAUUCCAAGGAUGACGCAUCACACACCAAACACGUUCACGAAGUCCUGCGUUGGUUAAUGGAAAACCAAUUAUUCUGCAAGGCCUCAAAAUGCACCUUCCACGUAACAUCUGUGGAAUACCUGGGAAUAAUUGUUUCGGACAAAGGGUUCAGCCUGGAUAAGCUCAAAAUCCAGGCGGUACAAGAAUGGCCGGUUCCAUCAAAAGUCAAAGAAGUCCAGUCCUUCCUUGGGUUCGCCAACUUCCUCCGCCGAUUUGUCGCAAACUUUAGCCACAUAGCACGCCCCCUGCACAAUCUGGUAAAAAAGGAUAUGCCAUGGAAAUGGGAAGAAAGGGAACAAGCAGCCUUCCAAGGGUUGAAAGACGCCAUCACCAGCGCUCCGGUUCUCCGUCAUGCCGACCCAACCAAGCCCUACUUCUUGGAAACGGACGCCUCUGGUGCAGCCCUAGGGUCUAUACUCAGUCAACGGCAGGAAGAUGGGCGCCUACAUCCUCUUGGCUUCCUAUCCGAAUCAUUCAAGGGAGCUGAGCAAAAUUACGACACACACGACAAGGAGCUCCUAGCAAUUAUUCGCUCCUUCGAGUACUGGCGUAUAUUCCUGGAAGGCACCGCGCAUCCCAUCACCGUUUUCACAGACCAUCGUAAUCUGGAGUACUGGAAGGAGUCCAGAACCUUCAAUCGCCGCCAUGCACGCUGGCAUCUCCUCCUGGCCGGAUACAAUUUCCAAAUUGUGUACCGCCCUGGUAAACAGUCCGGCAAACCAGAUGCCUUGUCCCGACGACCAGACCACGCCGAUGUUCCACCCGCCAAUCAAACCAUGCUCCCUGACCCCGUAUUCGCCAACGUAGCCUUGGUAACACCCAAGAAGGAACUUCAACGCCAGAUUGAGGCCGCCUUAGACCAAGACGAAUCCCUGGAGGAAAUUCUCCAAUUCCUACAAAACGAGUCCAAGGCACCCCCCUCAAUUAAGCGCGCAUUCAAGGAUUACGCAAUGGAAGCAGGGUUGUUAUUCUACCAAGGGCGCAUAGUAGUACCAGACGUUGGAACAUUAAGGACGGAUCUGCUCCGCAUUUUCCAUGAUAGUCCCUUAGCCGGACACCCGGGCAGGCAACGUACAUUGGAACUAGUCUCAAGGAACUACUACUGGCCCGGGAUCCGUGCCGAUACUUACUGGCAUGUGGACUCCUGCGAAACCUGUCAACGAAUAAGGAAGCCCAAGUACGCGUCAAUACCCCCACAACCCCUGGAACUUCCCUCACGUCCCUGGCAAUAUGUGUCGUACGAUAUGAUAGUAGACCUACCAAAGGACGGGAGCAAUGACUCUAUCUUGGUUAUUGUGGACAGCUUCACUAAGUACGGGAUCUUCAUCAAAUGCUCCAAAAAGCUCAAGGCACCCAAGCUGGCGGAAUUAUUCUUGGAACACGUGUGGAAACGGCAUGGGAUGCCUGAGAAAACGGUCUCGGAUAGGGGAAGGGUCUUCAACAACAAAUUCCUAAGGGCACUGUACAAACGCCUGGGAAUUGAUCCUCACUUCUCCUCAGCGUAUCAUCCCCAGAGCGACGGCCAAACGGAACGAGUCAACCCGUCCAUCGAACACUUCCUGAGGGCGUAUUCAGGGUGA